UUAUUUCCAUCCAGAAUUGCAAUUCUAAUAUACACAGCGUUUUUAUAUUGAUUGUGAAAGGAGGGUUACUAAGGACAUAAAUACAAACAAAAACAGUUAUCCAAGUGACCGUCAAAUUACUGUAAUAAUUUUAAACAACUUUUAAAUGGAUAAAAUGGAACCUUUAUACGUUGCUCUAAGUUUAUUUAGAAGGCGCCAUUACGAAAAGUGCAUUGAAGUUUGCACAAGUAUUCUAGAAAAACAACCGUUAGAUCAGACAGCAUGGUGCUUAAAAAUGCGUGCUAUGACUCAGAGGGUAUAUGUGGAUGAUCUUGAAAGUGAGGAAGCGCCAACAGAAGAUAACUUUUUGGACAGUAAUGUUGUUGCUACUGCACCAAGACCAGGCACUUCUUUAAAAGUUAGGACGUCUGUUGUUCCUGUGACAUCUUUAGGGGCUAGGCCAAGAACAUCGACAGGUAGACCAAUAUCAGGAGUCAUUAGACCAGGUACUCAAUCAAGUGGAUCUGGGUCUGCCAUAGAAAGGUUGCGAAUGUCUCGAGGAGCUACAGGUCAAUCUGCUAGGGCUGUUCGUUUGGGUACUGCUGCAAUGUUAUCACAAAAGGAUGGCCCAUUUAUCGAGAUAUCCAGAUUAAAUUUGUCGAAGUAUUCGAAGCAUAAGGGUCUAAGCAAACCUUUAUUUGAAUAUCUAUUUUAUCAUGAAGGAGAUAUUCGGAAUGCAAUGGAAUUGACAGUCUUGGCUACUCAAGCUUGUGAAUUUAAGGAUUGGUGGUGGAAAAUACAAUUAUCAAAAUGUUACACGGCACUAAACUUAAUAAGAGAUGCAGAACAACAAAUAAAAAGUGCUAUCAAGCAACAUCCUCACGUGGAAAGCUAUAUUAGGCUUAUACGGAUAUAUUUACGGUUAGAUCAGCCCCUUACAGCAACUGAAGUAAGCAAACGAGCCUUAGAAGUAUUCCCAAAUGAUGUUUCCUUGAUGACAGAGCAAGCUCGCAUAAGCGAAGCCCUAAACGAAUCUCAAACGUCUGUCAAGCUUUAUAGGAGUAUCGUGAUAGAAGAUGCCAUGAAUACAGAGGCAAUUGCUUGUAUUGGCAUGUACCAUUUUUAUAAUAACCAACCGGAACUUGCGUUAAGAUACUAUAGGAGAGUUCUAGCAAUGGGUGCGCAUUCACCAGAACUUUAUAACAACUUGGGAUUGUGUUGCCUCUACUCUCAACAGUUAGACCUAACAUUGGCAUGUUUUCAAAGAGCGUUAGAUUUGGCUACAGAUCCGUUAAUUAAAGCAGAUAUUUGGUAUAAUUUGUCUCACGUAGCCAUAGCCGCAGGAGACAUAGCACUAGCCAUCCAAUGUCUAAGCGUGUGUUUGUCUGCUAACUCUAUGCAUGCGGAAGCCUUCAACAAUUUGGCAGUUUUGCAGCAUAAAACUGGCAAUAUUCACCUGGCUAGAGCCUAUUUAACUUCUGCUGAACGUGUUCAUCAACCAAUGGCGUUGCCUGAAACUAUUGCAAAUAUAAACAUGCUGAUGAACAUUUGA